GUUUUUCCAAGAUUUUACAGAAAAUCUCAUAUUUAUUAUGCACUUUAUAUUAUCGUUGUAUCAUGAUUUAUAUACAGUUUUGACGAUGACCUUUUCAAGGUAGCGUACCUACAUAGGCGAAAAGAGAAAACCAAGUUAUUUCAAGUUAGUAUAUCAAAAAUCAGUCUCUCGUGUGUACAUAUAUACAACCAUACAUAGUUAAAGAACGUCUGACACAGAGAACGAUGACAAUAAACAAAAAGUAUGGAGCAAACAUUAUAAUAUGGUAUAACGUAAUAGAGUAUAACGAUAACAAACCGACUCCGUAACAGUCUGUAAAACAGUCUUCUCCAGAGUCUCCCUUUCUCUUCACGUUGAUCAACAAGCGUCUUCAUCACACUGUAAACAAUGCAAAACUAAAACAAAAGAGAAAAAAAAACCAUUAACAACAAAAUCCACUUGAUUGAUCAGUCCGCGAUAUCGUCGAGAUUUGAAAGGAAAAAAAUUGAGUCUUCGAAAUCGGAGCAUCCGCCGACUUGCAGGAAGGCAGCAGAAAAAUAGAAUCCGCAGCAGCAGAGCAGCAGUACAGCAGCACAAAAUAUGCAUCAGCCAAGCGCGGUUCAACAAUUUUCGGCGGCGUCGGCACGGUAAAAAUAGUCACCGCCGCGCGCGUCGAGCAAAAUGUUAUUAUGAUAAAAAGCGAGGGCUCCGCGCGAGUCACUGUACGCGCCUGAGAACGGUGCCGACGAAGCCGCCAAGAGGCGCGCGCAUUCGACUCGACGGAAUACCGAAGCGCUUCCCCGCGCUCGACAUCUUCCCGCUCCCAACAGCUGUUCCGCGCGCCGAGCGAACUCCCCGCUCGCCUUAUCUGGGUCACGGGAACUGCGCAAAAGCGCGACCUCGCCGCGGCCCGCGCCUAACCCGGAUCUCGACGACGCCCUCCAGGGCCGCCGCUCGCGGUACCCAUCUUCAACGGCGCGACGAGGCGCUGCUGGUCGACGACGCCGGAGCCAAGGACGUGGACGUCGGCCGCACGACUUUCGACUUUCCGGGCUGAUGUAAGGACGGAGACGUCUACGCGGCACGAAACGACCAAGUGGCGACGCGACGAGAGAGGAGCUGCAGCGCUCGGUGCGCAGCCCAUCUGUCGAGGAGCGCGACUGGCCGGGCCGCGAGAGAGCUCGGCGCUGAUUGGCGCGCGAGCGCGAGCGACACCCACCGGACUGGCCGAGCUCGAGCCAAGCCCGACAACAACGGACAAGGACGCACUUAUGGCUGCCGCCGCUCUGCCGAUGGCUGAUUCUUAUAUAGAACUACUGCCUUCCCUCGGGCACGACACAGCUGCUGCCUGGGCACGGAGGACGGCGACUCUGCUGCUCCAGGGGACGAGCUGGCUGGUGGGCGACUCUCCUCUUGGCUUGGCACUGGCCGCGAGACACGCCCGAGACUCGGCUAGUCGGCUGAGCUGCGCGGCGAUUCUAUACGCGCGCGAGAGGGAGCGAGUCGAAAGUCUCGUCGGUUCUCGUUCUCGGUGUAAGGCGAGUCCAGACGCGUUCGAUGCCGAUUAUGAGUCUGUACUCCGUCGCGGCCGGAGCGGGCGCGCUGUUGCCGCUCCGCGGGUGCAGUAUGGGGAGACGAGAUGUAGUAUGUAGGCACUGGAGAGCGCAAUUCGGAGCAGACUGCGGCGUUGCCAGACCGGACCUCCUCGUCCGCAGUCACGCUGGCGGCUGGACUACCUAUAGCCUAUAUAGCCGCUACUUCGUGCUUCUCCGUCCUUCUCGCGCUGCUUGUUGCGGAGAGAGUGCGAUUGCGUUGUCCUUUUUCUUCAGCAUUCGCAGGCCGUCCCGUCACGUAGGUGAAAUUCGACGGAUCGUUGCUAUUGUCAAUUUGCUUUUCCUUUCGAACGGCAGACAAGCUUUGCGUUGAUGGAUUCGGUGAAAGGGCUGCCCGGAAGCUUCGGAGCCCAAGUUCGACGCAGAGGAAGGACUCGGGUUAUUCGAGUCGCAGGUGGAUCACGAAAGUGGAAUGGAAAAAUAAAAGAGCGCUUUCGAGGAUUUGCACAUGCCGACGAAUGAGUCAAAACAAAUAAUGAUAAUGUUUAAUACGAGUGAAAAUUCGUGGAGCAGGUUUUAUUGUUCGCUAUUCUGUGAUGGAGCCACACGAUUUGACAUUUUUCGCGACUUCCUACUAGAUUCGUUCGCGCGCACAUGUGUAUGAUGCAAACUAACCUCAUUUCGUAAAAUGCCGCUUUAUUUCCAACAUUUAAAAAAUUAAUAAAAAAUAUACGUUUAACUGAACGUCAAAACAAAAUGAAGGAGACUUUUAUUUCUAUCUGUGAAAAAAAUUUCGUCAACAAAGCGAUACAGACCGAUACGCGAAUAGAUGGAAGAACUCUAUUGGAACCACGUCCACUGAAAAUUAACUUUGGUACCAAUUGGGGAUGUUGCGUAGUUUCCUUAGGACAGACUAGAGCUGCUGCUCAAGUAUCAUGUGAUAUUCAACAACCAAAAGCUUCUCGCCCAAAUGAGGGGAUGCUACAUGUUAAUGUUGAAUUAAACCCAUUAGCUGCUCAGCAUUUUGAAAGUGGGAGGCAAUCUGAAGCUGCAGCCUUGAUUAAUAGGCAGCUGGAGAAAAGUUUAAAAGAAUCAAGAUGUGUUGACUUGGAAUCUUUAUGUAUAGUUGCUGACAAAAAGGUUUGGAAUAUUAGAGUGGAUGUGAGCAUCAUAAACCAUGAUGGCAAUUUGAUAGAUUGUGCAUCUAUAGCUGCUCUUGCAGCCCUCAUGCACUUUCACAGACCAGAUGUCACAUCAACUGGUGAAGAAGUUAUAAUCCAUCCUUUCACAGAAAAAGAUCCUCUUCCUCUUACACUAUAUCAUCAUCCAGUUUGCAUAUCAUUUAUCACUUUUGAAAAUGGAAAGACAGUGGUUGAUCCUUCGUAUCUCGAGGAAAGAGUUGGUGCCGCAAUACUCACAUUAGGUAUUAAUGCCUACAGAGAAGUGUGCAGUUUAUAUUUUGACUACAUAGAGUACACUUCCUUGGUGGCUGAUGUUAUUCCAUCUGUAUCUAAUUUUGCUGCAAACUAUGCAUAUGAAUUGAUAAGGGAAAUCAAGGAGUUGGUGAAACAAGAUGUAGAAGCCAAAUAUAACAAAGAAGUUCCUAAACUCAACAGUUUCUCUCACUGCAUUGCAACAGACAAGAUAACGUCAAUGAUGAGUGAAAGAAUAAAUAUAAAGUUAACUACUUGGAGUAAUUGUCAUAAAAUAGAGGAUAUGGAAAAUCAAAUCAUGGAUGAUGAUCAAGAUGCUGAUGUUGAGAUAAGUAAUGUUGGAGACGGGACUGCAGAAUUAAUAAUGAAAAAUGCUGAUGUUGGAACUGGUGGUAAAAAUACGUGGAACUCAUCAGAUUCAUCUGAUAAUGAAUUUGAACAUCACAACGAUGUGGAGUUUGUUGAAGAAAAACCAACGAAAAAAGUUCUCGAUAAUAUAGAACUGAGCGGCGACAGUGAAGAAGAGAGUACAACAGUUUUAUCAAAGCAAGACCUGUUAUAAAUAAUCGUUAUUAGAAAUAAAUGUAAAUAUUUAGACAAUCGGCACUUUUCGUAAAAUUUGAAUAUUAAACCAAAUUUUUCUUUUAAUGUAUUGUCACUUGACGCAGUUGAACAAUAUUAAAAGUUUGAGUGACUUUCAAGUAUA